CUCGCGAAAUAGCCUCUGCCUCACAAGGAAUGGAAGCAAGAUGCCAUUAGCUUGGUCAUUUACGGCGAUUAUAGGAGCUUUUGUCCUCGGUGAAACAGUACGCUUCCUUCUAAAAAAGAUCAUCCCUCGUAGGUCACCACACCACCACUAUGUAGGUGAACUGAUUUCAUCAUUCGAGUUCUCUGCUGGCGUUUUCGAAAUCGCGGUCAUUGGGAAAUACUACAGCAACUUACUUGGAUUUAUCUUCAGUUUUACGUUCCUCUUCUUGAAGAACUCAGAGUAUAUUCUGGACAGAAAGGCGGCAAAUCCGUGUGGACUGCUUGAAGGAAUCGUGAGACGAGAUGUACGUCGAUCAUGGGUUGUAGAUUUUGUAACUAAAGUCAGCUCUCAGCUAACUGGCGCUUUGUUGGCUUUUCCUUUCAUGAAACUCGUAUGGCAAUCUACAGCAAGCGAAAUCCACUUCAAACAGCUAAGCAGAGGCUUAUCAUCGAGUCUUGAGGUCUCUGUUUUAGUUGGAUUUUCAAUAGAAAUAACGGCAACGUUUGUUUUGACCAUGAUUGAUUUCCUAACUCGAGGAGGCCUUCGGAAGUUUAAUCCAUUGGUUCGUGCCGGCGCUUGCGUGUUGAUUUGUUAUGCUUUAACUGGUACCACGGGGGUUUGGAUGAACCCAGUAUUUGCCACUGUCCACACUUUCCUUUUUACAGACGCAAAAGAAGACAUUUUAGAGCAUUUCUUCGUGUUUUGGAUAGCUCCUAUUUUUGGGACCCUCAUCGCUAUCGCUAUCGACUCAAAGCUACAUGAACCCGAACGUAAAUCUCCUGCUAUCGCUAAAACUAUCUUAAAGAAACGUAAGAAACACGCCGUUUCAAAUGAAGCUGCCUCACAAAAUGGAAAAGUCACUAAUGGGAAAGCUAAUGGCGUUAGUGUGUCUAAUACCAAGGCAAGGCAGCGUAAGACAAACUACGGAGCCGCGAAGAAAUAAGCAAACUUUGUUACAUGCUCUUUGUUGUCAGCCUGCAGUCAAAACAAAUAUAGUAGUUCAAAGCUUUA